UGCCUCUCUUUCUUUUCCUCACAAUACAAAACAAAUCUCUCUUUAUUUUUCUCUCUUUUGUCUCUUUGCCUUCUCAACGAUGGCCUCUUCAGCCUUCUUCUUCUUCAUGCUUUUGGCUCUUGUGGCUACUUCAGCCUUCGCUCAGGCACCUGCACCGGCACCGAGUCGCUCGCCACCUUCACCGACUAGCUCGCCACCUUCACCGACCGUCUCUCCAGCGCCCAAGGCUUCCGCUCCAACUCCGGCUACUCCACCAACUCCCGCAACUCCGGCUCCGACUUCUCCUCCAACGGCCUCACCUCCUACCCCUUCAUCUCCUUCACCAGCAUCUUCUCCAACAUCUUCUCCACCUGCUCCUGCUCCUGGUGCCAAUUCUCCCGGUGGUGGUUCUGCUCCCGGUGAAUCUCCAGGGUCUUCUGCAAACAGCGCUGCUUUGAACAGAGUUGCUGUUGCCGGAUAUUUGGGCGGAGUCGUCGCUACUGUUGCUUUGUUUAUCUAGAUCUAUAGAUGAUCGUGACGAUAGGUUGCUUUGUCUAGGAUUUUUUUUGAUUUUAUUUUUAUUCUUAUUUUGUUCAGUGGUUUUUUUAAUUUUUACUAUUGACGGUGAUGGACGUUUGAUAUGGUUUAUUGGUAGUUUGAUGGUUGAUUAUUAUUUCUAGUUAUGGAAUUUUUCUGAUAUUAUUCUA